GUCGAGAUAUUGCAUUUAAUUUACAAAAAAUUGAAUCAGAACUUGUAAAUUCUUUAGUUUAUGAAAAAGUUUUUAUUGAUACAGUAAAUGAUUCCCAGUUAUACAUGAGACCAUUCACAUAUCAUAUGGAAUUAUUUCAAAGAUAUAUAAGAAUAUUAGGUAAAAUCAAAGAUUUGAUUCCACAACAAUCUAUUCCAAUAGAUAAAGUAGCUUUAAUUCUUUCUACUUCAAUCUCAUCUUCAGGGUAUCAAUAUUUGACAUUUGAUAAUGCAUCCAAAUUACUUUCUUCCUUGGAAAUUCUACUUUGUUUUGUCAAAAAAAUUUUAGUAGGAGAUGGAGAAAUUCUGAUUAAUGAAUAUGUUAAUCAAUGGAUGAAACUUUCAAAUCUACUUGAUAAUGAAUCAUUCAUUGGUAUUCUAAAUACAAGUUUGAAAUUGAAACAUUUAGUAGCAUUAUAUGAAUUGGUCGAAGAACAAGUUGCAAAUGGU